GAAAUUAAUUUCGUAACAUCGCGGGCUUCAACAGAGAAAUAUAAAGACGGCGGUUUGGAGGGCGUAGAUUUUCGAUUCGGCUUCACGCUGGUUCUCAAUCUCGCUCUCUUCUGCCGAUCUCUUCCUUCUCGGAGCUUAAAGUCACCUUGAUCGUGUAUUCAUUCGGCUCAUUGUUGAUAUCUGCGUCGAUCUUCGUGCUCUUGCAAAUCGUCUUGCUGAAAACUGGAAGAUAAAUAUCAGGGAAUGCUGAAAGAUGUGCUUGAACGCUAGGAAGUUUUCAUUUAACAUUCACCCCAGUAUUGCUGCAGCUAAGCUUCCUUUGCUCCCCUUUGAUGGUGCUAGAUACCAAAGGAAUCAGUCUGUGCUCUAUGUCCACUGGCAAGUUGGAGUUAGUAUUAUUCAAAACAUUCUUGUGUUAGAUCACUAUCUUGGGGAUGAUGGUUGAGAUUGUCUGUGUUGAAAUCUCAUUUGACAUUCUGUAAUUUCGUAGCAUUUCAUAAAAUGGAAAGAGGAAAUAAAGGGAAUGUGUUAAUGAAGAAAUAUGAAGUCGGGAGAUUACUAGGGAAAGGAACAUUUGCCAAAGUCUACUAUGCUAGGGAUAUUAAGACUUCUCAAUAUGUUGCCAUUAAGGUAAUUGACAAGGAGAAGGUUUUGAAAGUUGGGCUUAUUGAUCAAAUUAAGCGGGAGAUAUCAGUGAUGAGAUUGGUGCGACAUUCAAAUGUCGUGGAGCUUUAUGAGGUCAUGGCCACCAAAACUAAGAUAUACAUGGUCCUUGAAUAUGCCAAAGGUGGUGAGUUGUUUAGCAAAGUUGCCAAAGGCAGGCUCAAAGAAGAUGCUGCUCGAAGAUAUUUUCAGCAACUACUUACCGCUGUAGAUUUCUGUCAUAGCAGAGGCGUCUGUCAUCGAGAUCUUAAACCAGAAAACCUGUUACUCGAUGAGAAUGGUAAGUUAAAAAUUUCAGAUUUUGGGUUGAGUGCACUUGCUGAGUCCAAGAAACAAGAUGGCUUACUCCACACAACAUGUGGUACUCCGGCAUAUGUUGCUCCAGAGGUGAUACGUAGGAAAGGAUAUGAUGGAGCCAAAGCAGAUAUUUGGUCUUGUGGGGUAAUAUUGUUUGUUCUUAUGGCCGGUCGCCUCCCAUUUCAUGAUUCAGACCUCAUAGAGAUGUAUAAGAAAAUUGGAAAAUCAGAAUAUAGAUGUCCUAAUUGGUUCCCUUCAGAUAUGAGGAGGUUGCUGGCAUGCAUUCUUGAUCCAAAUCCUGCUACGAGGAUUUCAGUUGAAAAGAUAAUGGAAAAUCCUUGGUUCAGGAAAGGCCUUGAUGGAGUAACUAGAAAUGGCAAAGCAACACAAGAAGUCAAUCAAUCUGAUGGCAAUGCAGUUUUAAAUUGCCCUAAUAUCAAGAUGACUGAUGAUCAGGAGUUGGGGAAGCUCAUGAACUUGAAUGCUUUCGACAUCAUAUCUCUUUCUGCUGGAUUUGACCUUUCAGGUCUGUUUGAGAAGACGCCCGACAAGAGAGAAGCAAGAUUCAUAUCAGCACAGCCGGCAUCUAACAUUAUCUCCAAAUUGGAGGAGGUCGCGGAGUACUUGAAGUUGAAAAUACAGAAGAAAGGUCAUGGAUUGUUGCAAAUGGAAGGAGCCAAAUCAAGGAAGGGGGGUUUGGCCAUUGAUGCAGAGAUCUUUGAGGUCACUCCAUCAUUCCAUUUGGUCGAGAUAAAGCAGAUAAAUGGUGAUACCUUGGAGUAUCUGAAUAUAUGGAAACAAGACAUCAGACCAGCUCUGAAGGACAUUAUCUGGUCGUGGCAAGGAGAAUAGCAGCUCAAGGCGUCUUCUGAUAUAGCAUGUUUUUAGCUUUUUACUCCCAUCUUUUUUAUGUUUCCUGUCAAAUUAUAAGACUAUGAGUUCAUCGAAGUUUCAUCAUUAAAUCUUUCGCCCCGUGUUUCUCUUUCUAUUGUGUUUCAUGGAAAUUGACAAAUUGGAGUGUGU